AUGGGAGGAAAACUGUCAUUACUCUCACAUGAAACGUCUUCGUCAAUAAGGCUAUGGUUCAAUAUUCUUUUCAAUCGAGACUCAUCAUCUUCUGUCCGGGUCUCAAAACCUAAGGCGGAGCCCAAGCGUGUGUUUGGCGUUUCCCUACAGACACUGAGAAAAAAUGGGAUGAUGAUCCAUGGAAUACCGCUCGUGUUACGAGAUAUGGUGGAGUUCUUGGAAAAGCAUGGGAUGCACUGCCAUGGUCUUUUCCAGAUGGGCGGCUCAGUGGUGAAGAUUCACCAAUUGAGGUGGCGGCUGGACCAUGGGGAGCGUGUCAAAAUGGAGCAGGAACAAGUGUCCACGGUCGCUUCGCUCCUCAAGCUCUUCUUUCAACAGCUGCCCGAUCCCAUAAUCCCAGAAUGCCAACGUAAAAGUCUCGUAGAGUGCUUCCGAGGAAAUACAGACGAUGCCCACUUGAACAUGUCCUUGAAAAAACACCUUUGCCGCAUCCCGGAUGACAACCUGACCAUCUUGUUGUAUAUUGCCAACUUCUUAUCCAGAGUGGCGGCUUGUAGCCAGUUGAACCACAUGACGGUGGAUUCUCUCGCCACCAUUUUUGGACCUUGCCUCUUCCACGUUCCUGCAGGAUCCAAGAUGCUGGAGGAGCAGAACGUUUGCAACAUUGUGUUGGUCCAUCUUUUCAGGAAGCACAAGAUUCUCCCUCUUGCCCCCGCCCCUUCCCGCCCGCCUUCUCCGACACCCACAACUGAGAGCCCCUCCUUGAAGCUCCAAGCCCUUGAAGCUGAUUUGAGUUCCCCUGACUCAGAGCACGAAGAACUCCGAGACCUGAAGAAUUUGUCGGGCCCCCAGCAGCCUCUUUUGAGCAGGCAGUCCAGCCUCCAUUUGGACCACAAGCCGCUCUUCCACUCUCCUCCGACAACGCCAGCUCAGGACACGGCCGACUCAUCACAACACAUGCCCUCCCCGUCUUCCUGUAUCCCUGCUCCGUCCACCACCUCUCCUCCCGAGGGAGCCCCAGGAAAUGACAAACCCUCCCCGAGCUCACCAAGCAGGCCUCCCCUGCUCUCGACUUUCACCACCAGCGAGUGCCCCGUCCCGUCGCCUCGCUGCCCCAACCUGAGCAGUAGCCUACGCUACAACCUGGACCCUGACACUGCCCCUUCGCCGCCGUGCUCGCAGCACAUACGCAUGGCACGCUGCAGUAUCCGCGCCGAACCGGACGAUUGCUCCUUGUCCGUGUCCGUGUUGAAAAGACACGUCCAGACCUUGAGGAAAAGGAUCAGACAGCUGGAGGAACAUUUUGAGCAGGAGAGGCUCAAGCCAUCCUAUUAUGACAAGACCGCUCAUCCCGAGGUUGCCAGACUGAUCAAGGAGCUCCUGAAAAGCCGCAAGCAGCUGAAAGAGCUCAAGCUGUGUCAUGCAGAGGAAGGUGUCUUGAAAGGAUCAUUAGACCCUCCAUUGGAAAGAGCCAUCGCAAGUGAGGGCGCCCUUCCGGUUCUAGAGCUUCAACAAGCGAACAACUACAGCAACACCAAACCCAGCGUGGAAGAAACACUCCACAUCAUCACCAAAAGACUGAGCGAAAGGCGGCUAGAACUCAGCAUGCCGGAUAGCAUCAAGGAGAUGACACAGUCCCAGAUUAGGAUGGAGAAAUCCAGCCUCCAGAAGUGUUUGCUCUACUUUGAGAGUCUGCAUGGACGUCCGGGUAGCGUGAGCGAGCGGUCACUGGUCCAACCUUUCUACGAGCGCUACCGCAUCCUCAAACAGCUACUGCUUUCCUCCAAUGCCUCUACACUCAUUACCACCAUUGAAGAAGAGAGCUCUGAUGACGAUCAUCCCAACCAGCAAAUCCCAAAACAGCAGUGUGUGUCAACGGGGGCACCUCUGCCCCCUCCCACCUUGGAAAUAUCGGACACACCACCGGUUUCGCCUCUGGAGGAAGUCAAGUGUGUCCAGCCGCCGAUUGUCACCAUGGCAACACUCCAUGAGGCUUCCAGAUCGGAAUUACUGGAUCAUCUUCGGAUCACCCGCUUAGAAAAACGGCGGCUACACCGAGCACUACGGGAAUUUGAGGACCUUUUCUACACUCUUAGUGGCAGGGUCUGUCAGAAGGAGGACCGCGGACCCAUGGCGGAGGAGUACUGCCAGUACAAGAACCUCAAAGCCAAACUGCGCCUGCUCGAGGCCCUGCUCAGCAAAAAACAGGACACAGCCAAGAGCAACUGA